AUGGCUACAUCAACCACUGAUCCAAGUCAAGAUCCAACCAAUCCUUUUCACCUUCAUCAUUCAAAUGGGCCUGACCUUGUUCUCACAUCUCAACCCCUUGAUCACAAGAAUUGCACCACCUGGAGCAGAGCAAUGAAGGUAGCGCUCUCUAUCAAGAACAAAACGACGUUCAUCGACGGCACCUUCCUGAAGCCUAAAGAAGAAGCUCCUACCUACGCUGCUUGGACGCAUGCAAACAACGUUGUCAUCUCAUGGCUCUACAAUUCUAUCUCUAAGGAUAUCAUCACCAGCAUCUUGUUUGCAAACACCACGAAAGAAACUUGGGAUGACUUGAAAACUAGGUUUUCAAGGGAAAAUGGCCCUCGAAUCUUCCAAUUGAAGUGCCAACUAAUGUCGUUGCAACAAGGCACUGACGAUAUCAGCACGUAUUACACAAAACUUAAGUCAAUUUGA